AUGUUCCCCCCCACGCCCCCUUAUCUCUCUUUAGCCCUUCUCUUGAGUGCUGCCCUAGUUGAAGCUGACGCAGAGCCAUGUGCGCCAGACACCUUUACGUUUCCGGAAAUCCUGGGCACAAAGCAUGUCUUGACAACAGCAUCAAAGGUGGAAGGCUACACUGGCUUUCCCAAGGUUAAACCAGAGUCAUCAGAGAUUGACAGCAAAGGCGUCAACUUUUGCAAUGUCACUGUGUCGUACUCUCAUCCGGGCGACCAAGACCUUGUCCACGCCCACGUGUGGCUACCCCUUUCUGGCUAUAACAACCGACUAGUCGGGAUUGGAGGUGGAGGUUGGAUUGGUGGAGAGAUUGGCGAGGACGUCAUGUCAGCCCUCACCUACAAGGGAUACGCAACGGCGGCCACGGAUGCUGGCUACACGCAUGACCCCUUGUCGACUGCCGAAGCUUGGCUGAUGCCAAACCCAGGCAACGUCAACCAGACCCUCCUCACCAACUUCGCAAACCGUGCCGUGCACGAGGUGGCUAUAAUCGGCAAGCAUAUCGCGCAGGGCUACUAUGGAAAGUUCCCUGCCUUUUCAUACUGGUCUGGGUGCUCCACCGGCGGCCGUCAGGGCAUCACCAGCGCCCUAUUGUACCCUGAUGACUUUGACGGCAUCUUGACCAGCUGCCCAGGCGUCGAGUUCCCAUCACUCUUGCUGGCUUUGUACUGGCCGCAGCUCGUCAUGAACCAGUUGGGAGCUUACCCAGAUGUCUGUCAAUUUGAUGCUCUGAAGGCCGCCGCCAUUGAGGAAUGCGACAAGUUGGACGGAGCGAAGGAUGGCAUCAUCUCUCGUGACGAUCUCUGCAAGUUCGACCCAAGCAGCGUUGUCGGCAAAGAAUUCGAAUCCGGGGGAGCCAAGUGCAAUAUUUCCAAGGAAGCGGCCGAGGUCCUGAAGGCCAUGUUCCAAGGACCCCAUGAUGGAGAGGGAAAUAGUUUGUUUCCAGGAUCGACGCCAGGCACCACGGCCGGAGCACUUGCAGGCACAGUUUGCAAAGACGGAAAAUGCGAGGGCGCGCCAUUCUCAGUGGCGACUGACUGGAUCCGACUGCUUGUUGAGAAGGAUCCUUCUUUCGACCCCAAGACGCUCACAUACGAGAAGUACUCGCGGCUUUUUCACGCCAGCCGACGCGAUUACGACGGCAUGUUUGGGGCCAACGAUCCAGACUUCCAGUGGUUCCGCCGAGGCGACAAGAAGAUGAUUACCUGGCAUAGCAUCAACGACCAAGCCGUCACCAUCAACGCCAUGAGGCAGUUCUACGAUACUGUGAGGGCUCUGGACAAGAGUCGAGGCGUCGACACGGCGUCUUACUACCGAUACUUUGAGGUUCCUGGAGGAGAGCACUGUCUGACGCCAGCAGACGUGGGAUACCCCCUGCAUGCUCUGGAUGCCCUGCGACAUUGGGUAGAGGAUGGUGUUGCACCCAAGACCCUCGAAACGACCCUUCUAGGGCAAGACGAGGAUGGCGAGAAACCCCCACCUCUUUGUCAGUAUCCACUUGCGAGGGUCAAGAAAGCCGGCAAGUUCACUUGCGUUCAACGGAAGCACCAGGCCUAG